UUACAUGAGACGUUUAGAUGGAAUACGAAGUGAAUAUAAAGGCUGGAGAUGACGCAUACACGGGGUUACCGGGGAAGAGUCGGUCCUGACUCAGGUUUUUAGUACGAUGAAUAAAAAAAGGCCAACGGAAAACAAGCAGGAAGGAGUGGAGGAGCGAGGACACUGGGGCAGCAAGGUGGAGUUUCUACUGGCCGUGGCGGGAAACGUUGUCGGCCUGGGCAACGUGUGGAGGUUCCCUUACCUCUGCUACAAAAAUGGAGGAGGUGCGUUCCUGGUGCCCUAUGUGGUCUUUGUGGUGACCUGUGGUGUACCCCUGUUCCUGCUGGAGACCACCAUCGGCCAGUACACCCAGGAGGGCGGCAUCACCUGCUGGAGGAAGCUGUGUCCACUGGCAGAAGGAAUCGGCUACGGCGGACAGCUGAUCCUCCUCUACAGCUGCAUGACCUACAUCCUCAUCCUGUCCUGGGCCUUGUUCUACCUGGUGUUCUCCUUCAGCUCCCAGCUGCCCUGGGCCAGCUGCGACAACGACUGGAACACAGAUGCCUGCGUAGACUUCUCAUCGAGAAACAAGAGCAUCCAGUGGACCAACCAGACCAACUCGUCCUCUGCCGCCACAGAAUUCUGGGAACGACGAGUGCUGGCUAUCUCCGGGGGGAUCGAGCAGAUCGGCAGCGUCCGGUGGGAGGUGCUGCUCUGUGUCAUUGCCAUGUGGGUCACCUGCUACUUCUGCGUCUGGAAAGGAGUCAGAUCCACAGGAAAGGUGGUCUAUUUCACUGCCACCUUCCCCUACGCGAUGCUGGUGGUCCUCCUGAUCCGUGGCCUGUCUCUUCCCGGCGCCCUACAAGGAGUCCUGUUCUAUCUGCUGCCCGAACCCUCGCGACUCACAGACCCUCAGGUGUGGAUGGAGGCCGGGGCUCAGAUCUUCUUCUCGUACAGUAUCGGCGUGGGCUCCUUGACGGUGCUCGGCAGCUACAACACCUACAACAACAACUGCUACAGAGACUGUCUGUGGCUGUGUUUGCUGAACAGCGGCACCAGCGUGGUCGCCGGCUUCGCGGUCUUCUCAGUGCUGGGGUUCAUGGCCCACGAGCAAGGCAUUCCCAUUUCAGAGGUGGCCGAGUCAGGUCCUGGUCUGGCCUUCAUCGCGUACCCUCAGGCCGUGGCCAUGAUGCCUCUGCCUCAAGUGUGGUCCAUCUGUUUCUUUGUCAUGCUCAUUCUCUUGGGCCUGGACACACAAUUCGUUGCUAUGGAGGUGGUGAUGACAUCCAUCACGGACAUGUUUCCUGCCGUGAUGCGCCGAGCGGGCCGGCGGGAACGUUUCCUCCUCCUCUUCUGCCUCACGUGCUUCUUUUGUCAGCUUGUCAUGAUCACCGAGGGAGGGAUGUACGUGUUCCAGAUGUUUGACUACUACGCUUGUAACGGAGCCUGCAUCCUCUUCCUCUGUGUGUUUGAAACCCUGGCACUGGGAUGGGUCUUCGGGGUCGAGCGGUUGUACGGCAUCAUCAAGGACAUGACGGGGGUCAGCGCCAACCCCUUCUUCAAAGUCUGCUGGCUCUACCUCACACCGCUCGUCUCACUGGGCUCUUUUAUAUUUUCUUUAGUGGAGUACCAGCCCCUGACCUUCAACCGCUGGUACGUGUACCCGGACUGGGCCUACGUGCUGGGCUGGCUGCUUGCCCUGUCCUCCAUCCUGCUCGUGCCGGGCUGGGCUCUGUACAAGCUGGGAACCGGGACCGGAAGCCUCCGUCAGCGUGUCCGUGAGCUGUGUCGGCCCGACCACGACUUCCAGCUGACCAGAGGGAAAGAAGCCGAGCUGCAGCUCGUCGGAGGGGAAGAUACGAAGUGUUUCACAGGGUGAUGUCGAUGAAACGAUACCGGAUCCCGAGCACUGAGCAACUCAACAUGUAACAGCCGGUAGUGAGCUGCUUUUCUUCAGGCAAGAAUCUAGAAUUCAAAAGGUUAAAUGUCAAACGCUGAAUCAAACGGAACUAUCUCCAUGUAAAUAUUCUCACAACGUAUUUUGAUCCAGAAUGAGGAAUUGUCAAAUGUACACUAAAGUGUUCAUAAACAACAUCAAUGUGACUGUUACUUUAAAUUCUUGACUUUACAUUUAAAAGGGAUUGGAUGAGAAAUGUCAUGAAACUUCACUUCCUCAACAAAGCACUCGUAAUUUUCUUGUGAUGAAAAAACCCCGCUGCUUUUCCGUUGGUGACGAGACGGUAAAGCAGAUAUUACAGUACUGUACUGUGUUCUAGGUUAUGUAAACUCACUGUGGGGGAAAGUCAGUCCACAUCAUGGACAAAUAUUGCUUUAUUUGAAUACAUUAAAAAUGAUGAAAAAACACUUUCACUUUCAGAAUUGUGUGCAUGGCCGUUUGCCACAUGCACAAAGAAGUGGGAGGAACAAAAAAUCUCAUGCAUUCCACAUGCAUGCAAAAUACAUCACUUAUUCAACAAACAAUUUCACAUACAAACACUGACAAACUCCCUCAGGCUCACGACGCAAACGGUGCUGCAGCUACGAAAUGAAACAGACAGUGUGACUGUCUUUGGUUGACUCAUCACAAGCGUGUGCUGCGUAUGUAAUAAAGACUUGACUGAGAAUAAUAA